CAGUAAACACAGUGAGGUACGAGUAUCGCGUAGUGCAAUAUCAUUGGAAUUCCAGUCAAAUUGUGGCCUCUCAAUGACAUUACUGUCCUGAGAGAAUAAUCUCCGCACAACGUGAAUGUUCUAGUAUUCGCCUGUUUCAAGUGCGAGGGCAGGGAAGCCGAGACCCGUACGCUCUUCAACCCCGAACGCCCUCCCCUGUGACAUCGACAGCGUCAAUUUCACCCCUCCUUAUCACCCGCAUCGCAUCGCAUCGCCUCGCCAGAUCCAAAGCACACCCAUACCCACGCGUCUGCCCAACCCCCAGAGUCCCGCGAGCCUGCCCUCGACCCGAUACUUGAACCCAUCGGAAUUUCGUCAACUCGAGGCCAUACUGCUGCUAAAAGCCCACGAGCCUGCCGCAGAUACCGCACCCAUCCCACCAGCACAACACCACCCGGCACCAUGGCGUUGCCAAAAAGAAUCAUCAAGGAGACGGAGAGAUUAAUGGCAGAGCCGUGAGUUGCUCAAGAAUUUGCCGACGUUCGGCAUACUGACAGGAGUCUCCCGUAGUGUUCCUGGCAUCUCAGCCGUUCCUCACGAAGACAAUCUACGAUAUUUUGACGUCUCCAUCCACGGGCCAACCCAAUCUCCAUACGAAGGUCAGCCUCGACCCUCUGCACCACAGAAUAUGCUCUCCAGUUCUUGACCUGUCUAAGUCUAAUUUCAUGUAUAGGCGGGAUUUUCAAACUCGAGCUCUUCCUGCCAGAUGAUUAUCCUAUGACCCCUCCCAAGAUCCGUUUCUUGACCAAAAUCUACCACCCAAAUAUCGAUAAGCUAGGCCGCAUAUGUUUGGAUGUCCUGAAGAGUAGGUUUCCAUUUUGCUGCCGCUCUCGCGUUCUCCAUUGCCAUUCAAUUCUUGGUGUGUUUACUAAUGAGUCUAUUUUAGGUAACUGGUCGCCCGCCCUUCAAAUCCGCACUAUCCUCCUCUCCAUCCAAGCCUUGCUAGGUGCCCCGAAUCCAGAUGAUCCAUUAGCUCCCGAGGUUGCGAAAAGAUGGAAGGAGGAUGAGCAAGCUGCUAUUGCUACAGCCAAGGAGUGGACCCGAACUCAUGCCAUGACAUGAUUGCAGACAUAAUAGAAUUAUGAUUUACGACCUGCGUGAGGAUGGGCCAUAGCGAGCGAGUGCUAUAUGGAAGCAUGCGAAACUGAUUCGACACCAUUUGAAAGGUUCCUGGUGUUUGAGCGCAUGUACAUCC